GCCUCCUGCCUAGGAAGAGAAGGGAAGGACAUUUCCCCCUCUGGGGUUCUUCUCCCUCCCCAGCUCAGUCUGCAGAGGACCAAGGCCCACCCCAAGGACGGAACCCAGAGCCAGAGAGAAUGGCCUCUGGGAGCCACAGACCCCCAUUUCAGGAGACAGUGACAUUCAAGGAUGUGGCUGUGGACUUCACCCAGGAGGAGUGGGGCCUCUUGGACCAUCCUCAGAAGGAGUUGUACAAGGGGGUCAUGCUAGAGAAUGCCCGGCACCUGCUCUCCCUGGGGCUUCCAGUUCCCAGAGAAGAUGUGGUCUCUUAUUUUGAGCAAAGGGAAGCACCAUGGAUGCUGGAGCAAGAAGACCUGAGGAGCCGCUGUCCAGAAGGAGAGAUUAGAGUGGAAGUGAAGACUAUGGCAGAGCUAAAUCUUUCUGUGGAAGAAACUCAGGAGCAAAGAUCCAUGGAUGAUGGUCCCUGUGACAUCACUUGGAGAGAAAUCUGUGCUCUACAUCAGAGAAGCCACACUGGAGAGAAACCUUAUGAAUGUGAUCCACAUGGAAAGGCUUUCAUGAACAGGGCCAGUCUGGCACAACAUCAGAGAAUCCACACUGAAGAGAAACCUUAUGAACAUGAUCAAAGUGAAAAGGCAUUUACACUGAGGACUUGUCUUACUGAACAUCAGAGAAUUUACACUGGGGAGAAACCUUAUGAAUGUAAUCAGUGUGGAAAGGCUUUUACCAAGAAGCGCAACCUUAUUGUUCAUCAGAGAAUCCACAUUGGAGAGAAACCUUAUGAAUGUAAUCAAUGUGGAAAGGCUUUCAUAUGUAGGAACAGUCAUAUUAGACAUCAGAGACUCCACACUGGAGAGAAACCUCAUGAAUGUAAUGAGUGUGGGAAGGCUUUCAGAGACCAUUCCCAUAUUAUUAAACAUCAGAGAAUCCACAUUAGAGAAAAACCUUAUAAAUGUAAUCAGUGUGGAAAGACUUUCAUAGGCAACUCUAGGCUUGCUAAACAUCAGAGAAUCCACAGUGAGGAGAAAUCUUUUAAAUGUAAUCGGUGUGGAAAAUCUUUUGGAAAGGGGUAUAGUCUUGCUUUCCAUAAAAGAAUCCAUACUGGAGAAAAACCUUAUGAAUAUAAUCAGUGUGGAAAGGCUUUUACACAGAGGACCAACCUUACUGCACAUCAGAGAAUCCACACUCGAGAAAAACCAUAUGAAUGUAAUCAGUGUGGAAAGGCUUUUAGAGGGAGGUCCACUCUUACUAACCAUCAGAGAAUCCACACUGGAGAAAAAUCCCAACGCCGCUGCUCAAUCACGCGGACCAGUCUCAGCAACACUGGCCAAUGGAAGAGACCAGAUCCAACCGCGUUGGCCAAGCGCACGGGGCAGCCCGUUUUUUACGAGCUAAAAGCACAGCCGACAUCACCAACUCCACUGAGCUCCGUAUUUGCCUUUGCUUUUGGCCAGGAGACUUUAAAGGCCAAAGGCUCUCCCUCCGAGCGAGCGAGCGGUCAUUCCACUGGAGGAUUCCGCGCUCUGCUGCGCCCUGGCGGGGGGGAGCGGGCCCCGCCCUGGCGGGGGGGAGCGGGCCCCGCCCUGGCGGGGGGGAAUUCAGAACUGAAAGGGACCUUAGAGGCCAUCAGCCGAGGAGUCUGCCGCUCACCUUGCCCAGGCUUACAGGACACCCUUCGUAAGGAGGCUAGCGGUGAGAGGGAGGACAGGUCUAGGUGGGACCAGGAAUUUGAAGGCAGCCAGGGAAUGCAGGAGGUGGGGACGAGGAGGGGGAGUAUCCCAGGUGUGAGGCACCGCCAGAGAGAAUGCCCGGAGUCUGGAGAUGGAGCCACCCGGCACAAUGCCUAG